AUGAACCAUUGUCUCAUUCAAACAAUCACAUUAAUAAUGAUAAUAAUGGCAACAACAAUAAACAAAUUUUGUUGGAUGAUAAUCCAAAAUUGGAAACCCUACCCAUGAACAACACAUCGAUUAAAACUCAUCGAAGUAAACGGGAAACGAAUAUUAAUAAUAAUAAAAGUUCACCGACAAAUACAACUGUACUCAAAACUAGUCGACGUAAGAAGAA